GGAAGAACCGGAAGCUGUGAAAGGCUCAAGGGCAACCAGCUUUUAUUUGUCCUGGAGCGCAGAGCAGCAGGCACCUUGCUCCCUCUCUUUCUACCAUGGCACUUUAUGAAACCGAAGGGAGGAGGCUGGACAAGUUCAUUUUUGACACCCUCCAGCCCAGUGAGGCCUUCCUGGGUCAGGUCCGCAGUGCCAUCAGAGUCAUCUGCGAGUUCCUGCGGGAGAACUGCUUCAAAGACGCCCCCCCACCCCAGAUCCAGGUGCUGAAGGUGAUUAAGGGAGGCUCUUCGAAGAAAGGCACAGCUCUGAAAGGGGGCUCGGAUGCCGACCUCGUGGUGUUCCUCGACAUCUUCAAAGGCUACGAAGACCAGGAAAGAGACAGGAAGCUGAUCAUCCAGGAGAUGGAGAAGAGGCUCAAGGAGUGCAAAGAGAAGAAGGGGAUUGAAGUCGAUAUUAAGCCGACAUCGUGGUCAAACCUGCGGGUGCUGAGCUUCAAGCUCCGCUCAAGGGAUUUCGAAGAGUCCAUUGAAUUUGACGUGUUGCCAGCCUACAACGCUCUCGGCCAGUACAACGGCACCAAGCCCAGUCCUCAGGUGUACAUUGACCUGAUCAAAAGCAGCAAUGGCCGUUGGGGUCAGUUCUCUCCUUGCUUCACGGAAUUGCAGAGGGAUUUCAUCAUCGAGCGCCCCACCAAGGUGAAGAGUCUCAUCAGGCUGGUGAAACACUGGUACAAAGAGUAUGUAUGUCCACACAAACCAGAGCUCAAAAAGGGGGAAUCGUUACCCCCACAGUAUGCCCUGGAGCUGCUGGUCGUCUACUCCUGGGAGCAGGGAAGUCACACAACAGAUUUUGACAUGGCAGAAGGGUUCCAGACAGUGCUGUGGCUUCUCCAGCAAUACAGAGACCUCUGCAUAUUUUGGACGAUAAACUAUGACUUUCAGAAUGAGACCCUCAAGCGAUACCUGCAAGACCAGCUCCGACACCCCAGGCCAGUCAUCCUGGACCCGGCUGAUCCAACUGGGAUCGUAGGAAAAGGGAGUCGCUGGGAUCUGCUGGCUAAAGAAGCUGAAUAUUGUUCUCAUCAGAAAUGCUGCAAGAAAUUUGAUGGAUCUCCAGUCGCUCCUUGGGCUGUUCCGGUGAAGCCGACGCUCUCUGAGGGAUGGUGCACAGCUCUCUGAAUUCGGGCUGCAAUCUGGGGACACCAUCCUGUUGAAGGUCACUAAUGAGGAAACCAUCACCGUCUUCCUGAAUAACCCCAAGGGCCAAACCAGAACC